ACCAGCUCACUGCGGCUUUCUCCUCUCUGGACAAGACCAACCCUACUGUGCCUAACCAAUACUGGUCCAUCUGCUCGUCAUGUACCUGAUCUUACCUUAUUCUUCCUACUCUGCCUUCUACAGUUUUCAUUGAUCUAAGAGUCUAAAGGCUGGUUUUGCAGAGGCCUAUUGAAGGCCACUCUUAAUUUAUAAUGGGUUCAGUGUGGUGUCUGCCACCAGUCCCACUCCCCACAAACCUACCUGUCCUAGAGGCCAAAGGAAAUCACUUGGCUCACAAGCUGGAUGAGCUCUCCAGUACCUGCUCCACCUGCAGUCUGCACAGCGGCCAGCGAGAGGCGACAGAGAGACAGCUUGUGGCCCAGUUCAGGCUGAUAGAGAACUUGGAGAAAACGAUCAGUGAGACGCAUAGGACCUUAGAGGGCCUGACCAAAGGAUGUCAUCCGAAAUCUGUUGGAGACAAACAGACACCAGGAUAAGAAACAACUCCUAUCACCCAUGCAACGAAAGAGACAGAUACAAUGAAAACAUUGACAAGGCUGGCUGUAGUGGCUGGCCCAUCAAUGGUGCACACUCAAAAGACUCAGACGAGGACCACAGUGACGGAGAACCAAGAGGCCACGCCCUCACACCCCGCCCCCAAGCCACAAAAGGAUGAGACCUCGAAUCAGUUGGAAACGAACAGACAGCAGGAUGCAAAACAACACACUCCUACCACUGCUGCAAAGAAAGGAAAGGGCGAAUAAUGAGAUGCAGGUGAUGAACCAGCUGAGUCAUCCUAACAUCCUCCAGCUCUACGAGGCCCUUGAGGCCAAGCACCAGCUGGUGUUAAUUCUGGAAUAUGUUGAGGGCAGAGAGCUGUUUGAAAGGAUUGUGGAUGAGAGUGCACCACUGACCGAGGAGAAUUCCCUGGUGUUUGUCAAGCAGAUCUGUGAAGGGGUCAGCUACAUGCAUCAGAUGUAUGUCCUCCACCUCGACCUGAAACCGGAGAAUAUCCUUUGUGUAAAUCACACUGGCCAUCAGGUGAAUAUUAUUGACUUUGGGCUGGCCAGAAGAUACAGGCCUCGAUAGAAGCUCAGAGUCAAUUUUGGAACCCCUGUAUUUUUGGCCCCAGAGGUGGUAAACUUUGACUUUGUGUCCUUCCCCACAGAUAUGUGGACCUUAGGGGUCGUCACUUAUAUGCUCACUUCCUUCCUCUCACCCUUCCUGGGUGACGAUGACUGCCAGACCCUCAACAACGUCCUCUCUGCCAACUGUUCCUUUGAGGACGAGGCCUUUGAGCACAUCUCAGCGGAGGCCAAGGAAUGUAUCUCCCACCUUCUGGUCAAAGAGAGGGGAGGGCGAAUAAGUGCUGCAGUGUGUCUAAGACAUCCGUGGCUCAACAACAUUGCAGAGAAGGCCAAGGGCAGCAAUAUAAUACUGAAGUCCCAGGUUCUGCUGAAGAAAUACCUGGCCAAGAGACUAUGGAAGCUGCUGCUAUCGCUAUGUAGUUUUUCUAACAGAUUCAAGAAGAUCAGCGGCGCUGGGGAACAGACCUCUCUGGAUACAGUACCUAUAGCGACGUAACAAUGUCACCCAUAAGUACAGUACCUACACUGCAACCUAAGAAUGUCACCCACCGUGAACCUGACCUCUUCCGUUGGACUGCAUACUUGUAAAGACUUCCCUCACCAUCAGUCAGAAGAUCCUCUUGUCUUGGUCUGUCUGGGUAAAAUAAACGGGUGAUGGUGUGUGAUUAAAUAGUGGCUACGCUACAUCAUUUCCCUCAUAAAAUUAACAAAAAUGUUGUUCUUUAAUAUUUGUACCUUUUUGUGUGGAAAUGUAUGGAAGCAAAUUCAUGCCAAAACAAAUUACAUUACAUCUAUAGAGGAAAUGUGCUCGAUAGUGAAAUAAAGAGAAACCUAUCCAA